UGCCUCGUUCUUUCUGCUUCUUCAACUCAUCUUCAGCGACCGGCAUUGGACACCCUCGCCAUGUCCAAAGUACCGCCGCCCCCAGACUCCAACGGGAAUCCCCUCAUCGCCCUUGCCGUCGCCGUCAUCUACGCCAUCCUCUAUGUCCUCCAGGGUAUACGCUAUGCGGUUGGGCUGGUUACGAUACGUGUGCCAAGCUUGAUUGUCCGCAUGCUUCAAUACAGCUUGACGAUAUCUCUCGGGUUUCCACACUUCCUGGGCCUGUUUGGUGUCGUCAUGCUUGUACUCUUCUUCUUGAUCAGAUAUCGCUACCUCACGCGGUAUACCCAGCUGAAAGAGCCGGCUCUACCCCCGCCAUCGCCCACACUCGCAGACAGGCUACUCCCCAUGGACGCCGCUGCUCUAGGCCUCACAGACUCUCGAGCAUCAGCAAGCUCCUUUCACAACUAUCUUGACGACUUUCUAUCGGCGAUUCGGAUAUUUGGAUAUCUAGAGAAGCCCGUAUUCCAUGAGCUCAGUAGGCACCUGCAAACCAGGAGACUAGCUGCUGGUGAUACCAUGGAAAUCGGCGGUGGAGAGUUCUGGUGUGUCGUGGAAGGCAAAGUCCAAGUUUUUGCCCCCGACGCUUCUCACCAAGCGUCUCGUGCUUCCUCGCCAGGGCCGUCCGGGAAACCUUACAACGGCUAUCACUUGCUAAAUGAAGUAUCGACUGGCGGUACACUCUCCUCCCUGUUUUCCAUUCUUCAUCUGUUCACGGAAGACGUCAAGCUCUCGUGGAACUCUACUCCUGCGGACCAACAACAAUCUCCACAAGACUCUGAGAACCUGGUUCCUUCCGUACCCAUGCAAAGACAAAACUCGGAUGUCAGCCAGUUUGACAUGUCUGCCACGACUCCUCCCACUGAAGUCCCGUCAGAGCUGCAACCGAACAAACCUUCGAGGGGGAGAUCAUCGUCUAUGGGUACGGCUAGCGAUACUGUUCGUGAGUCGGAGGAUGGCGAAUCUGACUCGUUCACCACCCCUUCCUCGCCUCAAAGAGCCCGAUCUCAAUCCGAAUCUAUUCAUUCGUCUCCCGCUCAUCAGCCCUCGACGACCCCUGUGUUCAAGACCGACUUCAUCAAAAACGAAACACCCGAGAGAAAGAGGUCGGCAAACGUAGAAUUUGGCGGUGAUGCUUUAGCGGGAACCAUUGCUAGGGCUACAGAGGACACGACGUUGGCAGUCAUCCCCGCUGCAGCGUUUAGAAAGCUUACUACCAAGUUCCCCAAGGCAAGCGGGACGGUAGUGCAAGUGGUGCUCGAGCGAUUCAGUAGAGUCACGUUCAUGACCGCCCACAAAUACCUCGGCUUGACAAAAGAGAUUCUGCGCUCAGAAUCAUCUCUGAAUGCUCUCGUCUCUCACCCCCUCCCCCGCUCGUUCUACACUGGGGGCGGCAUGCAAGCCCUCCGAGACCGAUUCCAACCCGAAGCCCACGCGCACAAAUCAUUCAACUCUGCCGGUUCUUCUCCCGACCCGCGUGCCGGGAAAGACUACUUCAAUUACGUACCUGUCAGUCCGACUGUCAAAGCCCCCAGCUUGUUUAAUGGGACCCCAAAAGCAACUAGUCCCGCCCACAGGAAAUCGUCUUUGGGCAAGGACGCCGUGAAGGGCUUGACUAAGGUGAACGAGAAAGAAGGUGAAGCGUCGCCCAUCACAGAGAAGAGUAAAGACAGGAGCAUUCCUGGCGGACAGUCUACCAACCUUGCUUUCAGUCCAAGCACCCGGCACCCCAGCCCGUUCGUGCGAAGGACGUCGGCAAUGCGUAAGCAAGUAGGUGCUGGGGACCUCGCCUUGUCAUCUUUGGCGGAUGAGAACCAAGCGUACUACCGGCCUUCGGCUCAAACUCCAGGGUUUGCCAGGAUGGAUACAUUCAGGGGAAGGAACAGCACUCAGUCAUCGUAUGACCGCCCUCGAGGCGCGCAGUCCGUUGAGACUCCGACGCCCUCGGAAGAAGAGCAGUGUGUCGAAGGAGAGAUAUUCAAUUUGAAGGAAGCGGUACUGGAAAGUAUCGUCAGGUCGAUUGGCCUCACUCAACCGAGUGAAAGACGACCUGAAGGCACAUAUACUCCAUUCGGGGGCAAGAGCUCUCUAGCCCCGUCCGUCAGUGCCCUGUCUACUCCCAAUUCUCCCCUGUUUCCUCCAAACUCCAAUUUCUCCACUCUCUCCAGCCGUCACCGCCCCGCUGCACCAGCUCCACCCUUCGGCAAUGUUCUUGACCUGAUCAAUGCGUCAAAAGAGAAUGACGGAGUGAUAGGCGGGAUGUUGAGGGAAGCUGCGAUGCAUACGAGAGGAGUCGGGGAUGAUGAAGCGUCGAGUAUAUCUGCUUCCAUACACGACUCUCAGUUUGGAUCCAUGGGUGGCUUGGGGGCCCUUGGUGGUCUUGGCGACAAGAAGGUGUUGAAGGAGCUGGAGAACCAUGUGGAAAUCUUGUUUUUCAAGAAGGGCAGUGUGCUGGUGAAGGAAGGUGAGAGGUCGCCGGGGAUGUACUACGUGAUCGACGGAUUCUUAGAAACUUCUAUACCAUCCCAUCAAUCCACCACAUCUAUACCCAAGUCUGGUAACCUCAGCGAACGACCAUUCGGUGCGGCGUUGGGUUUGGAAUCGAAGGACGACGGAUUGUCUGAGGGAAAGGAAGACGAAGCUCUGUUCACUGUGAAGCCUGGAGGCAUUGCCGGUUACUUGAGCUCACUUUGCUGCACCGACAGUUACGUUAACAUUGCAGCCAAGACGGACUGCUUUGUUGGAUUCCUGCCUCAUCAUACCCUUCAACGUAUCAUGGAACGUCGCCCUAUUGUUCUUCUCACACUCGCCAAGCGCCUGCUGUCCUUGUUGUCGCCGUUGGUGCUGCAUAUCGAUGCUGCGCUGGACUGGCAGCAAUUGAAUGCCGGGCAGGUCCUUUAUGAGAAGGGCGACAAAGCUGCCGAUUUCUAUAUUGUCAUCAACGGCCGUCUUCGAGCAUACACCGAAAAGGACUCCCACAUCAACAUACUCCGCGAAUAUGGUCAAAAUGACUCUAUCGGAGAACUUGACGUUAUUACCGCCUCUCCUCGAACUGAGACAAUUCAUGCUAUCCGUGAUUCUGAACUCGUUCGUAUCCCGGCAGCACUCUUCGACGCAAUCAGCGUCAAGCACCCAGAGACGACGAUACAGUUCAUGAAGCUCAUCGCUGGAAGAGUGAGGCGAGCUGUUGGGGAAGAAGCAAGGACUGGCAUUGCUGGCGGGAAAAGUCCAGCGCAAGGAGGUCUGGCGGGAAGUGUCGCUGGUGAUGUCAGUUUGAAAACGGUCUGUGUCAUAGGGUCUACGAGGAACGUCCCCGUCGCGCAAUUUGCAAGCAAACUCAAAAACGCGUUGGAAGAAGUGGGUGCUUCAACAUCCUACCUUGACCAAGCGACUGUAAUGCGGCAUCUCGGGAGACAUGCUUUCGCUCGUAUCGGUAAAUUGAAGGUAGCCGGGUGGCUGGCUGAUCAAGAGCAACAUUACCGUACUGUGCUCUAUGUGGCGGACUCACCUCCUACUAGUCAAUGGACUCUUACGUGCAUUCGCCAAGCCGAUCUAGUACUGGUGGUGUCUAUGGGAGAUGAUCCCUCCCUUGGCGAGUACGAGAAGCUAUUGUUGGCGACGAAGACCACUGCGAGGAAGGAGUUGAUCAUGUUGCAUGACGAGAGAACUGUGGCUCCUGGGUCGACGAGGAGGUGGUUGAGCAACCGCCCAUGGAUUCAAAGGCACUAUCACGUCGAGCUUCCCGGGGUCGUCACUCCUGUCCGCCCAGCACCUCCGGUCCACGAUCCUGCUGCGAUUGCAGCCUUCAAGCAUCUUCGAGAGCGAGUGGAGACGCGUAUCAGGAAAUAUCGCGGUCUGCGUCCCUUUGCCCGCCCUCGCCGACCACCGCACAUGAACGAUUUUGCGAGGAUUGCUCGGCGUCUAUGUGGGCAACAGAUUGGUAUCGUACUAGGUGGUGGUGGUGCCAGAGGUAUCUCUCACAUAGGCAUGCUCCAGGCGCUCGAAGAAUACGGGAUCCCCAUUGACGCCAUUGGGGGCUGCUCCAUCGGCAGUUUUGUCGGUGGGCUCUAUGCAAGGGAGACGGACCUUUUGGAGACUGCUGGGAGAACAAAGCAGUUUUCGGGGAGAAUGGGGUCAAUGUGGAGAAUCCUGAGUGACGUGACGUACCCUUUCGUGGCUUAUACGACCGGGCACGAGUUUAACCGCGGAAUUUACAAGGCUUUCUAUAAUACACACAUCGAAGACUUUUGGAUCCCCUUCUUUGCCAAUUCAACCAACAUCACUCACUCAAGGAUGGAGGUCCACCGUACAGGUUAUGCUUGGCGCUACGUUCGAGCAUCCAUGACCCUUGCGGGUCUUCUCCCUCCACUGUCUGAUAACGGCAACUGUGAGUCGCUGGCGCUUGUUCAUCCAAACUUGAGAUGACCCAUCACAGUACUUGUGGAUGGUGGUUACAUGGACAAUACGCCUAUCCAACCUCUGCGUGACCAGGGUAUCCACCAUGUCAUCGUUGUGGACGUCGGAUCAGUGGAUGACACUUCUCCGAGGAACUAUGGAGACUCUGUGUCUGGAUGGUGGAUCUUCCUCAACAGGUUCAACCCCUUCUACGAGAGGAGGGUGCUAUCAAUGACGGAAGUAUCGGCUCGACUUACAUAUGUGACGUCCGUCAAGACCCUUGAAGAGGUCAAGGUCGACCCCACUUGCCUUUACCUUCCUAUGCCCUGCCAGCAAUUCGAUACGCUUGGUGGCUUCAAGCAAUUCUCCGAAAUCCUUGCUAUCGGACUCAAAGCGGGCAGAGAGGGACUGAAAAAGUGGAAAGAAGAAGGGAGGUUGCCCACCGGCUUUGUUGAUGAAAACAAGGCAAAGGGCAGGGGAGGAAAGGUGGAUAAGGGAAACAGGGUGCGGCGCAUGUCCAUUUAGACAAUCAUAGUUGCGCAUUUGGACUGUACGAGUAGUACUCGUAUCUAUUUAGGCAUCAUAUCAUUCAUCAUGUACAACAUUGAAAGCA